AUGUCUAUAUUUUUCGACUUUAAAGUAGGACCAAAUGGUAGAAGGUUCAGAAGAGCUGUAGAAGGUGAUAAACAUGAUAUAGACUUGAUAAUAAAUCUCAAACAUACUGAGCAACUGUUUGGUAAUAUUGAUAUCGGAAAUUUGAUAGAAAUAUCAACUUUAUCGAUAUGCAUGAUAAAUAAUAAAAAGGAAGUAAUAGGGUUCAUGGCACUUUGCGACCACCCAAAUAUAAAUGGCGUUGAUCCUUCGGAUUGGGAAAAUUGGAUACGCAACCUGUUUCAGAAAUAUUAUUUGUCAAGAAAUACUUUGUUCAUACAUUUCAUGUGUUGCAUUGAUGCUGUUACGGAUAUAUUCGUCGAAGAAGCUUUUGUGUCGAUUUUCCGUAAUGACGCUUAUCUUUUAAACAUUGUGUUGGUUGUGCCGCCUGGUUGUCCGGAAGGUUGGAUGACCAGAUAUAAAACUUUUAAGAAACGUAGUAUAUACAAAUUCAAGCCAAAACCAAACAAUGGUUCUGAAGAUCUUAUGUACCUUUACACUGCGAUACGAAAUGACUUUUGCCCUAAACUUAAGAUACGACGAGCGGUAGAGGAAGACAAUGAUGAUAUUGUAAGAUUGUUAGAAAAAUAUUGUCCCCGAUUACAAGAAAUGUAUGGUGAAUUUUAUAUAAGUGAAAUUAUCGGGCGCCAUCCAGAAACUGAUAGAACAAUCAUUGUAGCUGAUUAUCAAGAUCAAGCAGUUGGAGUGAUGUGCCUGAACUCUAAGAUCAAUUAUGACAUGCUGCAAAAUACUUAUGAACUUGCUCCUCUUCAUGGUCUACGAAAAGCAACAGCUUUAGAAAAAGAAAAAUAUAAACGAUCGAAUACUUUGCUAAAUACUUUUGGAGAGCCAAUAAUGCUUGGAAAAUGGAGUCCAUUUCAUGAUGCUGUUCAUGGCAUACAAGAAAAAGGAGAAGUUAACGAAGCACCAACGAUAAAAAAGGAACCCGGCAAAAGGACUAAAACACAUAGUAAAGUUAAUUUUGAUCGUAAAUCAGCUAUGCGGAGAAGUUUCGAUCAUUUUUAUUACAGCAAACAAUAUUCAGAAGACAGCGAAAGGGAGAUAAGUUCACCAACUCCUUCAACUGCAACCAAUCUAUCAUUUGUGAAUUGCCUUCUAGAAGACGAUCCUUUUGAUUACGAAAUCGUUAAUAUCGAUAAUCGUCUUUUGACUGUACCACAAGUACUUUCUUAUGAAUUAUUAUUAAAUAAAACCAAUGAAGAUAAAAAUAAGAAGAUAUAUGCUGGUGAUCCAAAUGCUUUUAUGAUCGAAUUGUUCGGAUUUCAAGAAGAUGUGGAUGAAAUACAAGCCUUUCAUUUGCUAGAAGCAGCGUUUGAAGUUAUGAAGGAUUACGAUUAUUGCGUUAUUCGGGUGCCUUGCAAAGACAAAAGUUUUCAUUUACUUGAGCAUUUCUAUUUUGUUCCCACUAAUGAAGGAACUUCAACAGACUAUGCUCUUUAUGUUGCUCAUCGAAGUUCUGUGCUCAGUAAGCUAAGGGUUCGUAGGGCAGAGUUAAUGGAUGUACCUCAAAUUGCUCAUCUCUUAAGGAGCUUAGACGGAAAGGAGACAUUAUGGACUAUAGAAAAUACUAUUAUAAAUAAAAGUGACCUACAAUGCUACGUGUUUCUGAGUGGUGUUACACUCAUUGGUGUUAGUAUAUUAGAGAAACCAGAACAGAUAGACUUCAUUCGCAUUAAAUUUAACCUGGAUUCGCAUCGGAUCCACAAAUACCAUAUCAAUCAAGGCUUGGACUGCGGCUUAGUCACACUUAAAGCUGUUUUAGUGUAUCCUGUAUUCGAACCACAUUACAGGUUCUUCGCCAGAGAUAUGAUAAGACUCUCUGGCUCUAACGCUAUGAUGUGGUUAACUGCAUAUAGAAAUAAAUGGGUAACUCAUAAAGCGAAUUCAUUAGCUGUUUGUAUGGUACCUCUCAUGCCAAGAAAUUCAAAAAUUAGUUAUGUGUCUACGCCAGAACUGAGACGGGUCCGCAAACUUUCUAAUACUGUAAUGGCAUUUAGUAGCUGGUUUAUAAGCAAGAAGUUAACAAGUGUUCCUAAAGUCAAUAUUAACGCUAGAAUUCUUGUUGUUGGAGCUUCUAGAACUGCAAUGGCCUUUCUUAAUACGUUGCUUUUCAGUGAUUCUUGUUUUUAUUUAUUCUUCACAAAUGUGACUUUAGUGUCGCCAAAUGGUCUGCCAUAUACAAAAAGAACAAAUACACUGUCUGAAAUGAUGUUCCAAAAAUAUUACACAAAUUCCGAAAAAUAUCUUAAAAGCGUUCCAUAUACGUAUUAUGUGAAUGUUAUUCAAGGGACAAUGGUCGAGAUUGAUAAACGUAAAAAACACAUAUAUCUGUCAAAUGGUCGCAAAUGUGAUUAUGACCUUUUAUUUUUAUUAUUUGGAAAGCAAUAUCAACAUCCGGAUUACUUAAAGUCUAUAUUAAAAAGAAAAAAAGAUGUGAGGAGCGGCAAACUUCCUCAAUAUACACCUCUUGACAUACCUCAGCCUAGGUUAGAACCAGACGUUAUUAACUAUACUCCAGCUAACGUCUUCAUUAUAAACACGAUAACAGAUGCGAAUAAGGCACUUGGCUUUGUUCGGUCAUUAAAUUUGCAGGAUACGGACUAUAAAAUACUCGUUUACGGUGCUACGAAACACGUUUACUGUUGUUUGGCAACUUUAAUUGAAAUGAAGAUAUCGACUGAAAAUAUAAUUUUUAUUGAACCCUUCCCACCUUUACAUAUUAGAAAAAUGAGAGUUUCGUUAUUUUGUAAUGCUUAUGUAGAAAAUUCUGUGUGCGAGCUUCUAAAAAAUCUGAAAAUCAAAGUUUAUCGUUCGUAUUAUUUUCACGUCUGGCAUAUGGAUGUUGACAAUCUAGUUACUCAGGUUGAUUUCCUCUCGCAAUUUCAUCUGUUACAACUAAAGUGCUCAGCCCUUUUUUAUUAUGGGACUCGUGGUGUAAAUGAGCAAGCGUUUUUUGCAAUUAAUAAAAGCGGUAUGGCAUAUGAUGGCGGGAUUCUAAUAGACCAUCAGUUUAGGACUAAAGAUCCUUCAAUUUAUGCCGCCGGAACAGCCACUAGAUAUUAUAGAAGGUACUACGCUGAUACAAUGCGGCAAAAAUAUUACGAUGCCUACGAAGUGGGAGCCAAGCUUGGUUCUCAAAUUAGGGAUCAGUUAGACCCACUUUUCAAAGAAACACCUAUAGAGCUAGAAAAGUCAGUAAAAGGGUCAGUGAAGUGUGUUAGUUUUGAUUCAUCUUCAAUUGUUACGAAAGAUUCUACUGAUGUUUCGGAAUCAAUUAAUAUUGAAACAUCUUGCCAGUCUCACGAUUCGGAAGAAGUUCGAAGAAUCCCUAUUUUUAAAAAGCCGCAUGUAACACAAUUCAUACUUCCUGGUGGUAUUCAGUAUUUAGAGGUGCGAUCCCCUGGGAUGAAGAUUCCUCAUCAUUAUGUUCAAUCCUUACGGUAUAAUGGCAUUGUAAUGGAAACUUUUAAAAGUGGGUAUUUUAAACUUCGCAUGACUAAUGACCUUAUCGUCGAUGGAAUUACAUGUUUGACUCCCGAAAAAAUUUCGCUCGAAAAUUUUAAAAAUCUUUAUGGACUUUCCUCGACCGUUCUUAAUAAUGUUCAUUUGCGAUAUACUGCAAAGAAGUUGGAUAAUUUCUACGAUUUUUUUCAAGAUCCUUGGGCCUGCUUUUUAUAUCAUGACCAAACUGACGAGUUAUUUGCUAUGAUUAAGGAAAUACUUCCUAAGGGACAAAAAUAUGGUGAAACUUUAGCAGAAACUAUGAGAAAAGUAGGAGAUGGUUCGAGUAACCAGUCAUUUAAACCCCAUACCAAAAUGAAUAUUCGAUCCAGCUUUGAAAAGUCGCCUCACGUGGAAGCUGUAACUGAUUAUGUUUUAGAAUGGUUAUCAGAAAACGACAUCCUAUUACCUAUGUACCUUCUGCCCUGGCAAACGAGACAGUACAGUUAUGAUUUGGAUCACAAUCCAGCUUUCAAGAACAGAAAAAAUACAAUUGUCAAAAUGUUAUCUAAGAUUUUUUGA